AGGUUCGUGCUGCCCUUCCAUGUGACUUGUAGUCUGCUGUAUUUCAGUUAGGUUGCUUGUCAGAUAUAUUAAAAGAGCAGUUCAGUUUAAUGAAGAACUGUGUAGCACAAACCAGGAACAGAAGAUAUCUGGUGGUGACCGUAUAAUAACUCCAUUCCGGAGGCUAAUAUUGUGUGCUGAGAACAGAAAAGAGAUGGAGGACUGGAUCAGCUCACUGAAGUCUGUACAGUCCAGAGAACAUUAUGAGACCGCACAGUUUAAUGUGGAACAUUUCUCAGGGAUGCAUAACUGGUACGCCUGCUCCCAUGCCCGACCUACCUUCUGUAAUGUGUGCAGAGAGAGCCUCUCUGGAGUCACUUCUCAUGGCCUGUCUUGUGAAGUGUGUAAAUUUAAAGCACAUAAAAGGUGUGCAGUCAGGGCAACAAAUAAUUGCAAGUGGACUACAUUAGCCUCCAUUGGGAAGGAUAUCAUUGAGGAUGAAGAUGGUAUAGCUAUGCCUCACCAAUGGUUAGAAGGUAAUUUGCCUGUCAGUGCCAAAUGUGCAGUCUGUGACAAGACCUGUGGCAGUGUUUUACGUCUCCAAGAUUGGAAGUGCCUUUGGUGUAAAGCUAUGGUUCACACUGCCUGUAAAGAUCUGUUUCCUCGUAAGUGUCCGCUUGGACAAUGUAAAGUAUCCAUCAUACCUCCAACAGCACUCAACAGCAUAGAUUCUGAUGGAUUCUGGAAAGCCACCUGCCCACCAUCCUGUGCCAGUCCUCUUUUAGUUUUUGUUAACUCAAAGAGCGGAGACAAUCAGGGAGUAAAGUUUCUUCGUCGAUUCAAACAGUCGCUAAAUCCAGCUCAGGUGUUUGAUCUAAUGAAUGGAGGACCUCAUUUAGGUUUACGGUUAUUUCAGAAGUUUGACAAUUUCCGGAUUCUUGUAUGUGGUGGAGAUGGAAGCGUUGGUUGGGUUUUGUCAGAAAUUGAUAAACUCAGCUUGCACAAACAGUGUCAGCUGGGAGUGCUUCCCCUUGGUACUGGAAAUGAUCUUGCCCGAGUCCUUGGAUGGGGAGGGUCAUGUGAUGAUGACACACAACUUCCUCAAAUUUUGGAAAAGCUAGAACGAGCCAGCACUAAAAUGCUGGACAGAUGGAGUAUAAUGUCAUAUGAACUAAAAUUACCAUCAAAGCCUUCUCUUCUUCCAGUUACUCCAGAAGAGGAAUCUGAGGAAUGUCAGAUAUCUGCUUAUGAGGAUUCAGUUGCUGCUCAUCUCACAAAAAUCCUUAAUUCUGAUCAGCACUCAGUUGUCAUAUCAUCUGCCAAGGUACUAUGUGAAACUGUAAAAGACUUUGUAGCCAAAAUAGGGAAGACCUAUGAAAAAACAAUGGAAAAUGCAGAAGAAGCUGAUGUCAUGGCCAUUAAAUGUUCAGAAUUAAAUGAGAAGCUAGACCUAUUGCUCCAGGCUCUUCACACCGAAGCCCAAGCUACACCCAUUCUACCACGGAUCACUCCCCCAAUUGUAGAGGAAGAAGUUGAGGAGUUUUCAAGUGAAGAAUCUUUGUCUGAAAACAAGGAACAGUUAACAGAGAGCAUUGCAAAGUCUUCCACUCCAAAAAUCUUCAAACCAAGAGAACAGUUAAUGCUGCGGGCAAACAGUUUAAAGAAGGCAGUGAGGCAAAUCAUUGAACAAGCAGAAAAAGUUGUGGAUGAACAGAAUGCUCAUACUGAAGAACAAGCGAAUCAAUCCUCUGUAGACUAUAGUAAGGAAUUGGAUGAAUCCAAAGAAGAAGAAAAAGAGGAAGAUACAAAGGAAUAUGAAUCUCAGACAAUUAAAACUGCACCACGGUCUCCAGAUCGACAUACAAGUCGGGGCAUUUCCUCUCAUCCUGGCUCUUUCUCUGUCCCAGCUGUGGCAGCCAACAAAGAAAACCUCCCUGUACUUAACACCAGGAUAAUCUGCCCAGGUUUAAGGGCUGGAUUAGCUGCCUCUAUUGCAGGGAGUUCUAUUAUCAGCAAAAUGUUACUUGCAAAUAUUGAUCCCUUUGGUGCUACCCCGUUUAUUGACCCUGAUCCAGAUUCUCUGGAAGGAUAUUCAGAAAAAUGUGUCAUGAACAACUAUUUCGGAAUUGGAUUAGAUGCAAAAAUUUCAUUAGAAUUUAAUAAUAAACGAGAGGAACACCCUGAAAAGUGCCGGAGUCGGACAAAGAACAUGAUGUGGUAUGGAGUGCUUGGUACCAAAGAGCUACUGCAAAGGACUUAUAAGAACUUAGAGCAAAAAGUUCAGCUGGAGUGUGAUGGACAAUAUAUCCCCCUGCCCAGUCUUCAAGGCAUAGCUGUGCUAAACAUUCCAAGCUAUGCUGGUGGCACUAAUUUCUGGGGUGGAACCAAAGAGGAUGAUAUAUUUGGGGCACCAUCAUUUGAUGACAAAAUACUAGAAGUUGUUGCGGUAUUUGGCAGCAUGCAGAUGGCAGUUUCAAGAGUCAUCAAAUUGCAGCACCACAGAAUAGCACAGUGUCGGUCAGUAAAGAUCACCAUACUUGGAGAUGAAGGUGUUCCAGUGCAAGUAGAUGGAGAGGCAUGGAUCCAGCCCCCAGGGGUUAUUAAAAUUGUACAUAAAAACAGAGCUCAAAUGCUAACACGAGACAGAGCUUUUGAAAAUACUCUGAAGUCUUGGGAAGACAAACAGAAGUAUGAUUCCUGCAAACCUGUCCUCCGAUCUCACUUGUAUCCUCAGCAUGCUGUUGAGUUGGCUAUGGAAGAUGAGGUUGCACAGAUCCAGCUCUGUUCACAAGCUGCAGAAGAACUUAUUACCAGAAUCUGUGAAGCAGCAAAAAUACACAGCCUGUUGGAACAGGAGCUGGCUCAUGCUGUCAAUGCAUGUUCACAUGCAUUAAAUAAAGCCAAUCCAAGGUUUCCUGAGAGUCUUACCAGAAACACUGCCAUUGAAAUAGCUGUCAAUGUGAAGGCACUACAUAAUGAAACUGAAUCUCUACUAGUCGGAAGGAUUCCUUUGCAAUUGGAUCCCCCGCAUGAAGAGCUGCUGUCUGAUGCGUUACACAAUGUGGAGGUUGAAUUGCGAAAACUUGCUGAGAUUCCGUGGCUUUAUUAUGUUUUCCAGCCAAAUGAUGAUGAGGAUCCCCCUCUGGAUUAUGUUAAAAGAAACAAUAGAAGUACAGUAUUUCGCAUCGUGCCAAAGUUUAAAAAGGAAAAAGUCCAAAAGUACAAGAGCAGCCCUCAGCCUGUUCAAAAAUGGGGCACAGAUGAAGUUGCUGCUUGGCUGGAUCUGCUCAGUUUGGGAGAGUACAAAGAAAUCUUCAUCAGCCAUGACAUCCGAGGCUCUGAGCUUUUACACCUGGAAAGGCGAGAUCUUAAGGACCUGGGGAUAACGAAAGUGGGUCAUAUGAAGCGAAUUCUCCAGGGAAUUAAAGAGCUUGGCAAGAACGCUCCCUUGUCUGAAGUGUAACUAUAGUGGUGCUAUCCUUGAAAGGCAGGAGAAUUGCUAGUUAUGCAAAGUGGAGGCACUUUGCUGUCUUUAUAGUUUACUGUAUGGUUGAAUAAGCACUGGUGCACCAUGCAGGUUACUAUAUCUUCAUUCUUGUGUGGUGAUAGUUUGGUCUGAGAAUCUUAAUGGUUUUGUGCCAAAAAAAAAGGGAAGGGGAGUUGUCUGUUCUGUGAAGAUAUUUUCUUAGUGUGCAAACUUGGCAAAUUCAAGAAAGCACAAUUUGAUAAAAAAGUUGGUAUAUAGUGAACUGCAUUUCCUGGAAAAUGUAGUUAAGUAAUGAUUUAAUGAUUGCUAUUCCUUAGAUAUGGCCCAGUACAGCGCUCUUACAGUGCAGCAAAGUAUCACUGUAGAGCCUGAGGUUAUCUGGUUAACUUUCUGAGGCACAGCUUGUCUAAAAUAUUUUGUAUAGAAGAAUGAGAAACGGAAUGUUACUGGUUUUGCUUCCAAGACUGACAAUGCCUCAGGUACUUAGCGUUCACUGGCCAAGGAGCAUGGUUGCAGACACCAUGAAUGCAAACUAGGAUGCAUGGUGCGCCUGUCUGAAUCGCCUCUCUUUCUGUUGCAUGACACAUCUGCUACUUUAAACACUUGAACAAUUUUAUAUCAAUUUUAAUGAGAUUUAAUUUAUUAUUACUUGUGUGUCUUUUAUUUUGUUACAGGCACUUUUCUAUUCUUCAGUGUUGUAUUUUACCUAAACAUGUUAUGUGGCAAAGGACUUGUGGAUGUGAACACUUAGCAUCUGUGCCAUAUACAGCAAAUGAUGUGCAUUAUAUAUAAAUGACACGUUCUAUAGUUAGGUUUUGAAAUUAUCCAUGUAGAAUAGGUAUGUCAGGUAAUUAACUCCUGAGUGUUUUGGAGAGACCAAGUACCUCACAAAAUUAUCAAUCAACUUCCCAAUCAGAGAGCUUUUUUUAUGGUGCAUUUUAAUGUAGCUAGUCAGUUUUGAAUAUCUGUAGCAUAUCUGAACUUUAAGCAUUAUUUGUUUUAUUUAAUUUAUUAUGCAAAAAGAGGGUUAAAAAUGUUAGUGAAACAUUUUUUAAAAGCCAGAAAUAAUUUAAUGUAAUUAAGAAUUUAAAAUUUGUUAAUAUUACAGCUGAUUUGAUUUUGUGAGGUAAACUUACUCGGUUUGAUAUAAGAAUUUAGCCAUGUGCACUAUUUUAAUAUUGUUUUUAAAGUUCAUUAAAUACCAAAACAAUGUGUGUAUCUACUUCACAUAUCUAUAUUCAAUCUGUUUCUUACCAGUACUACUACAUUGGUAGAGCAUACAGAUUUUGUAAAAAUUGUAAUAGUUUCCCAAAUAUUGUACCCUAUGCAUGCUUAGGUAAAUCAUGUGCAAAACCAUUAUGCAGAGUGUAAACAGGUUCAUUUAGAAUUACUCUGAUAUUAAACAUUUCAUUAAAACAGGAUUUAUAAAAUUUAGUUAGAACGCAUCAAACAAAACACAAUUUUAUAAUUAAUUGAGUUCCCAGAUAAUUUUUCACCAAAUAUUGUAUCUAAUGAGGAAAGAAUUUAAAUAUCUCUCUAAGUAAAAGCUACAGUAAAACUACUUAUAUAUUUAAGGAUUUCUUGAUGAUUCACAGCUUGGGUGUAGUUACACAGUAAGAUCUGAUAUUAGCAUAGCUAAGUCCCUCAGGGUACGUCUACACUUAAUGGGAGAUUGAUGCUCCAGAGGUCAAUCGUCUAGCAUUUGUUUUAGCAGCUCUAGUAUAGACCUGUAAAUUGAACAUGGAAGACAGCCCGCACCAGCGUCCAGUACUCCUCCUUUUGCGAGGAGUAAGGAAAGCUGACGAGAGUGUUGGCUCAUGUCGGCCGCCUACUGGUUGGAUGCCGCUAAGGCUUGGCUUAAGGCUAAACUGACUUCAGGUACCCAUUUUGCAUCGCUGGAGUUGUGUACCUUAAGCCGACCUUCUUGGUCUAGUAUAGACCAGGCCUCAGGGAUGUGAAAAAUCCACACCCCUUAGAGACUUAGCUAUGCUGACCUAACUCCCAGUGUAGACAGUGCUAGUCUAAUGGAAGAAUUCAUAUGUCGACCUGGCUACUGCCUCUCAGGGAGGUGGAUUAACUAUAUUGAUGGAAGAACCCCUUCUGUGAUUGUAGGCAGUGUCUACACUGAAGUUUUACAGGAACACUGAUUACCUUUUAAGUGUAGAUAUGCCCUAACUGAACUUGUAUAAAAUGGAU